CACACAUUUUCUGCCGUCUGCGACAAGCGGUGACAACUGACUAAUUAAAGAAGAGCAACUAGCCAAAACCGAGAAAAUGUUCAAAAUUGUUUUGUUAAUUUCUAUCGUUUUGACUUUCAGCCGAGCAUGCGAUGAAAACAACGGUGAAGAACAACUAGCGAUUGCUAGGCAACAAUCAGACGAGUACUUUGCAAGUGCUUUCGGUUACACUCCUGAUAGCUGGAACCAUCUUUACUAUCCUAACAGUCGUCUUCCAUCAGGAUAUUUCAAUCAAUAUGAAGGCCGGACACCUUCUGGAAGUUCCAUGGAUGGGAUCGAUCCCUACAAUACCCAUUCAGUUAACGGUGAGGUCAAGAGCGACCAGCAAGGAGUGGGUCGUUUGGCGCUGGGUGGUUUGGGCGCCAGUCUAAUCAACACGGGCAUAUUUAACCAUCGAUUCACUCCAGCCAAUACGUGGAGGCCCUUCUCCAAUUUUGCCAACCGGAUUCCCAUUUCUUACAAUCCCAAUUUCGACAAUCCCCUCGACACUUUCGAUGCCUGCACAUCCCCCAACGGUGAUGCUGGAAUUUGUGUUCCAGGAUCCGUCUGUUCGUUAUUCGGUGGACGUCCUAGCAGUUCCUGUGUCCUGGGAAAAGUCUGUUGCGUCAAUACUAUUUCCACUUGUGGCGGAACGGUAACCUUGAACAACACGUACUGGCAAUCGCCGACCACUGCCGUUAGCGCCUCGUCCACCUGCGCCAUAACCCUGAGACUGGACACUAAAUACGUCGAGCAAUUAAAAAAGCCCAUUUGCCAAAUUAGACUGGACUUUGUGUCAUUCACAACUGCCCAGCCGACUGCCGGAACUUGUGUCGACACAUUUCAAGUGAGCGGAACGACCACCGUUGCACCUGUUAUCUGUGGUGACAACGCCGGACAGCACAUGUAUCUCGACGUCCCAUCGUCAGCUCUUACAUCGACCGAUGUCCAGCUCAUGUUCAAUUUCGGAGCUGCUACGACAACCCGUUCGUGGAACAUCAAAAUUGCGAUGCUACCCUGUGGCGCCUCCUAUCUCGCUCCGACGGAUUGUCUCCAAUACUUCACUGCUGCUACCGGAAAAGUCAAAUCGUUUAAUUGGCAGGACGUCGCUAGUACAACCACCCGCCAGCUCAACAACCAAAAAUACAACAUUUGCUUCCGGACGGAACUCGUUUCCGGAUCGAGAGCGACUCAGAUGUGCGUGUCAAUUUGUACAGUCACGAACGGGGGCGACGCCUUUUACAUCACGACUCCCGCCGCCGUCGUCACUGGAGCGACUACUUUCCUGACUGUAGUCACCACUACCCCGGUAGCCACUUCGCAAUCUAACGUGGGCACAACUGUCUCGAGCACGGGCAAUCCAGCGUUUGUUGUUGCGACUUGCCUCUACGAUUUCCUUCAAAUCGCCAGCGGCCAAGACGCCACCACCGGAGUCGAGGCCGACCGUUUCUGCGGGAAUCAGUUGAACCCGGCAACAGGCGCCAAUCUUUUAAAUCCCGGUCUCACAACCAGUACGCAAGUGUGCACUUCGAUCAGACCGUUCAGGAUGACGUUCAAGACCGACGGUACCGAGGCGGCAAUUUCAAUUGCGACUCCGCCAACAGUUCCAGCCGUUGCUGGAGCUGACGCGGCUAACACGGGAUUCUGCCUCGAUUACCAAGAGAAAUAGAAAAUAAAAAAAAGGCCAAUAAACCCAUUGCCAUUUUGCCUUUUACAGUUUCGGCAUUUACAAAAAGGUCUUUGUCUACUUCAAGUUUUACUGGUGGGGGAUUUUUCUUGUUGUUGUUUUGGAUAUGGUCGUUAUGUAUUCUGGACCACACGGGAGUUUUUAAAAAACAACUCUUUAUGUACGGUACUACGUCAGCUUUUUAAAAAGAAAUAAUUUUUGUUAGUUUCGCAAAUGACUGUUGUUGACCUGAAAAGGUUAAACAAUAAAAAAGUAAAAAACAUCCGUGCAAAAUUUGGCGACUGGGUUUCUUUUUUCUUUUAGUUUUAGUCUUAUCUUACGUAAUUCCAUCUGAAAUAUUUAAAUAAACAGCAGCCAAUCAACUUUAA